AUGGGAUGCCGUCUGUCACGUAGUGAUAGCGAUACAGACCUCGAGCGAAAUGCAGUGAACCUAUGCGCCAACAGUAAUGAUAACAAUAACGACAGUGAUUCGAGUGCUAACCGAUUGAUUGAUGCUACAGUCAAUAGUAACGAUAUCACCGCAUCUGAUAGUCAUAAUAUCUCAAAUGGACAAUCUUCCACAAUCACACAUAGUAGCAAUUCAUCCAACAUCACUUCGAAAAUGUCUCCCCAACCCGCAAGGCAGGUGGAGAGUGCUAGCCAAGCAGAUUUCUUCAAAAUGCUCGACGAAAAAAUUGCUCAAGGGGUCGGCGAUUAUACCGAUUCGGAAGUUGAUGAAUGA